AUUGUAUAUAAUGGGGGCUUUCCGGAGGGUUUUCAUGCUCAUAAUCCAGCAAGAUCUCACCGAACAUCCUCUUCCACCACAAACAGCAACAAAUUCGCUUUACCGUGCUCUCUUCUUCUUAUUCCACAAUGCUCGUGUUCACUAUCCUAUUCUCCGUGCUCCCCGCGGUCCUUGCCAUGACUCAGGUUGAGGCCGACAAGUGGUGCCAGGACCAGAGGGGCGCCGGCUUCAAGGCCGAGCUUGAUGCUGCUGGAAACCCCGUCAAAUGCGUGACUUCGAGCGCCUCGUGCUUCGGAAACGAGUAUAAGGAUCCAGUGGACAACCAGACGAAGUGCUGUCCUGUCUUCCCCGUCAAUUCGGCCUACUCCUUUGACGCUGUCAGCAAGACCGGUGCUUGCUGCCCCAGUGAUACGAAGUGGUCCUACGACACCGUCUCGAAGACCGGAGGCUGCUGCGCAACUAUCGGGCACUCGUGGAAGGUCGAUCCCGCCUCCGGAAAAGGAAGCUGCUGCACCGAUGACAAGAUCUUCAAUGGAUCCCAGUGCGUUGUUCCCAAGGGGCCCGAUCCUCUGCCCGGGCCAUGCCCCUCCCACUGCGGUACCUCUGGUGGUCCAAAGGUUGCUUUCUGUCACGGAAAGGUUGCAUGUCCCACCGAGACCGAUCUCGGCAUCGAAUUCGGGAAGUGUUACGUCCUCUCCUUCCCCGAUGGAAAGCAACUCGGCCGUCAACUCAACCGUGCCUACGAGAAGAACGGCCGUUACCAGGACAUUCCCUUCAAGGUUUGUAGCUCGAAAUUCGACUGCAAGGUUACCGGUCCCGUCAAGUUUGCGGACGACUUCUCGCUCCAAGAUCAGCUCGGUAUCCCGGAGGAUGCCACUGGCGCGAAGGGUUGGAUCAACAACUAUGCCGGUGGGAACCACAAGAUUUACACUGCAGACAAGGCUACCGCGGCUACUUUCAGGGGUCGUCCUGGCUGCAUCGGAGAUGGCUGCUCCAUCUGUAUCAACACCGACCCGAAGGGACUUGCGAUUGCUUGCCCCGACACCGUUCCCGGCCUGACCUCGAUUGGUAAUCCCAACUACUGCCAGAGGCUCAUCUUCGAGCAGGUUGCUUGUCUCGACUGAGAAUCUCUCAGCAGUGGACACGUGUGGACGGUGUGAAUCUCAAGCUGCCUGUAGCCUAUGGGUAUAUUUUAUUUGUCAUGUUUUUGCUUUCUAUUACUGCACGCUCCUUUCGUUGAAAGUUUGUACCAGGAAACAUCUGUUUGUAUUGAAUUGGAAAAGUAGG